UCCACCCUGUGCAGUCAUUGGGUGGUCAUGAAUAUAUCAUGUGACAUUCAUACGCCGCAACUCACUUCUCGACCGACAGGUAACAGGGAACCUUGUCGUAAGCCUACAACCGCGGACACUACAUACUCUUCUCAUUGGAAAGUCUCGUCUCGUGAACAGGAUGAACUUGUUCGCGGUGAUUGCCCUUGUCCUCGGUGUUCACGCAGUGUCUGGCCAGAACUGCGCGCACCUGCUGGAUGUCGUUGCCGUUGUUGAUGGCUCUGACAGCAUCUUAGAUGAUGAGUUUAUCCUUCUGAAGAAUUCUCUUAUCCAGCUGACAAACUGGCUUGAUCUUGGAGAGGAAGGUCAGAUGUUUGGUGCCGUGGUCUUCAGUUCGUCUGUAUCUGACGUAGCGCAUCUCAGCACCAACCGGUCACAACUGCAGGCACAGAUCAACCAGUUUGGUCACCCUCAAGAAGGGACACACACGCACCUUGGAAUCGCCAAAAUGACAGAGAUAAUGCGUAAUGAGAGUCGUCCUGGCGUUCCUAAAGUCGGCAUCGUCAUCACCGACGGCCGGUCCCGAUAUCCAGACAGAACUGCACAAGAAGCUGCAGAUGCGAAAGCUUUGGACAUCGAGAUGUUUGCGAUCGGAAUCGGAUCAAGAAUCAGGAUCUCAGAGCUAAACGACAUUGCAUCAUCUAACGCCAAUGUCAAGAAUAUUACCGCUUUUAGUGAACUCAACGACAUUAUCGUCACUCUGGUGCAGAAGGUCUGCAAAGUUGACGGAAACUGGACUGAGUGGACGGAUACUGUCGGAGUGUGUUCUGUAUCCUGUGGAGGAGGAUCUAAAACCAUCUCCAGGACCAGGGCCUGCACCAACCCUGCUCCCAGCAACGGCGGAGCGGACUGUGUAGGGUCUCCGUCUGAUCAAUACACAGAGAGUUGCAGCACCAACGGAUGUCCAGUUGACGGAAACUGGACUGAGUGGACGGUUACAACCGGAGAUUGUUCAGCGUCAUGUGGAGGAGGAUCUAGAACCAUCUCCAGGACCAGGACCUGCACCAACCCUGCUCCCAGCAACGGCGGAGCGGACUGUGUUGGAUCCGCAACAGGAGAUUAUUCAGAGACUUGCAACGCAGCAAGAUGCCCAGUUCAUGGGGGCUGGUCGACCUGGAUCAUCACCACUAGCACGUGCUCAGCUUCGUGUGGAGGUGGAUCUAGAACGGUGUCCAGAACCAGACGCUGCAACAGUCCUGUUCCAAGUUUCGGCGGCAAUAACUGUGUAGGGUCCUCUGAUGAUACAUACACAGAAACGUGUAACACAGGGGGAUGCUCAGAUCCAUGCAGAGGUUGUCGGUAUGCCAACGGUAUUGGAUACUUGCCAGACCCCGAUGACUGUGCCCGGUUCAUACAGUGCCAGGAACCCAGACCAGGGACCAGUGCUAUUUUCCAUAACAUGCAAUGUAGUCCGGGUCUGUACUGGAACCAGCAACACUUGGUGUGCGAUUGGCCAGCUAAUGUUGUCUGCACAGUGGAAGCUGAAGAUGAACCAUUUGCUCCAUCAACUGCUGCACCGUCAACAUCUGCUCCACUGACUUCUGCUCCCUCGUCGUUGUGCGACGGCUCUACGAAGGCAAAGCCUGGCAAUACUGCUCAGUAUCAGCAGCUGAUUCAUGGAAACUGGAUCACUAGAUACUGCGCUCCCGGAACUGUGUACUCAAGUACAAGUUGCAGCUGCAUCACUGGCCAGAAUGUCGCAUCCCCAGUUUGUCAGGCCGAGGUUUACCUUCCUUUCAACAGCGACGUUAAUGACCAUUCUGCCAACCGCCACUACGUACAAAACACUGGAAUUGUUACUACAAGCAGAGGCCACGGCGUCUUCAGCAACAACACCCAACUCCGCAUCCUGCGUUUCUCCAACAUGCAUUUCGGUAACACCUUAAUCAUCUCCUUCUCCUUCAAACAAACUCAGACAACAAGCAAAGCACAGGCUAUCGUCACCAACGACGACUGCGGACACGGCGGCAGCAUCUACAUUACCACCCAGCGCUCAACUGUCUACUUUCGUGUUGUCAACAGCAACAACGUAACACAUACUUUGAAUAUAACUUACACAGCCACGACGUCCCUGAUUGAGGUGAAGCUGAUCAUCAAGGAUGGGCUGAUGAAAGCAGAAGUCAAUACCUCCAGGAAACAGAGGACAUUUGAUGGAAACAUCGGGAAAAGCCAGUGUGCAAUGCAGAUUGGGUACGGUACUGGCCUCGACUUCUUCCACGGUGUCCUGGAAGAAUUCAAAGUUUUCAUCUGCGAUCCAUAGAGCCGGUAGUUCAACACAGUGAUUCAUCACGUGGGACCAUGAAGUGCUGCUUUUAUCUCGAUAUCAAUAUUAAAAUGUAUAGCACACUA